CAUGUUAUAUGUGUUCAGAUUUGAACAAUCUAAAUAAUAAAUUAAGAGAUAGACGACUCUUACUGGAAACACGUAUGCUUGAGAAUUCGAAUGUUAAAAACACGUCCCCUGGGUCUCCUGGAAGCAACAGCAAUUCUCUGCAGUCUGUCCUAGAACAGAAUUCCUCGACAACUGCCAGCAAUACUCUGACUAAGCCAAAGAGAAGACGGAAGAGCAGUACAUCAGACAUUUCACCCAAAAAUGCCAGACUGAGUGGGAGUUGGGUCGUCAAUCCUUCGAAAAUAUCGACGACACAGAAGUCGAUUUCAGAUUUUGUCACUUUCUCGGUAGAGAGUGACGGAACAUCCACUCAGACCGACAUUUCAUACAAAGAUUUGGAAAUGUUCGACACACUAAAUUCAAAUCAAUACAUUUCAAGAGCAGAGUUGGCCAAUCUGGUAUUCCUUUUUUCGAUUAAUCUGAAGGAAUUAAAGUUCCAAGAUAGCCUUGCAGUCAAAGAUCGUGAGAUUGCGUCUCUGAACGCCAGCAUAGAAAGAUAUUCUUCCUUCAUCAAAGAAAUGCUGAUUGAAAAGAAUGCUAUUUUGGAGAAGAAUGCCAUUCUAAACGCGACUGAAGUUAUAUUCCCCUCGAAACCCAUUGUAAGUCUUGAUGCGAAGGCCAGUCGCUCUCGAGUACGGAAUACACAGAGGUUCGCUGAUGCUCUCAUGCGAUCUGUAUUUCCAUUUAUCCUGCGCCGGGCUCUCCAUGGCCAGCUCGGUCAUUAUCCAAUGUAA